AUGGACUUAGUUCUAGAGCCAAUUACUCCUGUUAUCUCUCGAAAACUUCCAACACCAAUAAAUUCUCCGAGAAGUUUAACUGAUGAACAAUACUUUACACCUCAGUUACGUGUACGCAAUAGGCAAGUGUCAACAGAAUCGGAAUCAACGACGUCCAACAUUUCGUCAGUGUCAUCAGAUUACGAGAGUGACGAAAAUUCGAAUUCAACAGAUCGUGCUUCAACACCAGCAUCCAGACAUGUCCACUUUUCUUCGUCCGUUCCACUGUCGAUUGAAAUUCAGGUCAGUAUCGAAAAUGACGAAGCAGAAUUUUUCGCUGUUGCCGUCCCGAGUGAGUCAACUGAUUGCAUCAACGAACUUCCGCAGCCAUCUGUGCGAAAACGUGAUAAAAUACGUGCAGCAUUUCAUAAAAAGUUUCACCGAGUACACAGCGACACAACCAAUACAAGUACCCAUGACUGGAACGAAGUUUUAGCUAAAACAAUAGUCUCCAUACACCGUGAUAUGGAAGACAUCAUCACCGAUUUGGAUGAAGCUCCUACACAUAUUACAAAUAAUCCAACAUCGUGUUCAUCAGAACAAAUUUUGAGUAAGCCUCAUCUAUCGUUUGCUGAACGUCAACGUGGAAAACUUCAGUUGAUACGAAUGGCACAAAUGUUGCAACCUCCCAAUCUUUUAACCUGUGCAUUAAGAGAAUCGCCUUAUGCGUACACUGAUAUUAUCGUGCCAGAUAACAAUGCUUUACUUCGUCUGAAGAAAAACUUUCCAUUCGACAAUCUUUUGAUACAACAUCAACCAUUUCAGCAUAGGAAAUUUCGUUAUCGAACUCAACGUAGUUUACUAAGGAUUCGACACGAUUUAAAAAAGCUCAAACGUGAUUUAUAUGGCAGUGAAACAUUCAAAUCACAUAAAGAGUUACCAUCGCUCUUCGUUCAGAAUUAUCGAAAUCAUUUAGAGCAAGCUUUACAUGAAGUUCGCCAACAAAUCGCUGAAUAUGAUCGUAUACAUUCUACGAACGAUCAUAACCGACCUAGUAUCAGUCAAAUUGUUGCAAAAAUGAAACGAAUCGAUCCGGAUGUCAAAGCACAAAUUGAUGAUUAUCGAACAAAACUACGACCGAUCGAAUACAUUGAUAAAAAUGCCAAGCGUGAGUUAAUCUCUGCACCAUUCAUCCCGCACCGACCAGCAUACUGUCCUGAUCGUUUGCGAAAAGAAACCAGCAAGAAUAUCAAAGACGAAAGCGAUCAACUUCUCGACAAACGCUUCGAUCCAACGACGUUUGUCGAUCUCAAUCAAGAAGCCAAAGAGUUCUUCGACGAUGAUUUACCUUUUUGGGACAGACCCGAAGGCAAAAGAUUACCAGUAGUACCACAUUCAUCACCAAGACGCCUAUCACAUCUUGAACUUUUACCACCUAAAGUAGGUGUUUGGGAUCGACUAGUUUAUUCGUUUAAAUUCCAACAAAAGCUACUUCGUCUUGCUGAAUCUCAAAAAGGCAUAUAG